CUUUUAUAUAAUAUAUUAUAUAUGUAGUUUUUUUUCUCUCAAUAUUUGUAAUUUUACUUUAUUAUUAUAGCAUUUAUAAAGAAAUUAUAGAAUUAAAUCGAAAUUUUAAAAAUAAUUAUGAACUUUUCCCUUGUUUUAACAGAUCAAUAAUGGUCCAACACAGCAUCACAGAACUUGGUAGAUAUUGGGUGAGAAUGGGGUGAAAGGGGUGAAGUAGAGGAAGCCCCUCUAGUAAGAUAGGAGAGAAGCCAAAGAAAACAUUUCAGAACAUUUUAGUUAACAUUAAAUGCUUGAAAGGAGUAAUUCAUUUAAAACAUACAUAUGACAAGACAUAAUUUGUGAUGCGUGGACUUUUACGUGGUACUUUAUACUGUACAUUAUGGUAUGGCAGCAUAGUGGCUGGUUUUCUAUUUAUCGCUUGCCCUAUGUUACCACUGUUAUUUUUUAGUCCUCCAAAGUUUCGAAAAUGUGGUGAUCUAUUACUUUCUUGUUGGGAACUAUAUUCUACAGCUCUUUUAAAAGUAUUUGGUGUAAAAAUUUUUGUAUCAGGAGAUCAUAUAUCUCCAAAUGAAUCUGCUGUUCUUGUAAUGAAUCAUAGAACACGAGUAGAUUGGAAUUUUUUAUGGGCUGCAAUGUAUCAAGCUUGUUUACCAAAUGUAGCAACUCAUAGAUUAAAAUUUGUUUUAAAGGAUCCUAUACGACAUAUUCCAGGACCAGGAUGGAUAAUGCAAAUGAAUGGUUUCCUUUAUAUAACUCGUCACUGGGAAGAAGAUCAAAAUCGAUUAUCACGUACUUUGGAUUAUUUAGUGGCUCUUGAGAGACGAUCUCAAUUACUUAUAUUUCCAGAAGGUACUGAUUUAACAAAAAGUAGCAAAGAGAAAUCUGAUAAAUAUGCUAUGCAACAUGUUCUGCCGCAAUAUUCUUUUACUCUUCAUCCAAAAACAACAGGAUUCAGUUAUUUAGUUCGACAUCUUCAACAAGCAAGUUAUCUCAAUGCAGUUUAUGAUUUAACGAUUGCAUAUCCUGAUUAUAUUCCUCAGUCUGAAUUAGAUCUGAUCAAAGGAAGAUUACCAAGUGAAGUACAUUUUCAUAUUAAGCGAAUACCAUCAUCAGAUGUGCCAACAGAUGAUUUAACAUUAAGACAAUGGUUAGAAGAAAGAUGGUUCAACAAAGAAAAAAUUUUAGAACAAUUUUAUGAAAAGAAAACUUUUUCUGCUGAAAUUUGGCCGUUAACAAAAUUACGUCCUUUGCAUAUUGCCUUUAGUUUCUGGAGCAUUUUAACAGGAUGUACAAUAAUUUUACUUAUUAUUUCACCAAUAUUUCAAUUAUGGACAUUGGUACACUCAGUUUUUUUUAUUGCUCUAUCUUUUUUUACUACUGGUUUUAAUCAACUUGAAAUGGGAUGGUAUUGGCGUUGGAAAACGUAUUUUCUUAAAAAAUAUGAUUAAUAAGAUUCGAAAUUGUUUAAUAUGAAUAGAUUUCAGUAUUGAAUUCCAGUAUUAUAAGAUAAAUUACUUUGUACCUACAACUUUGUUAUAAAUAUUUUAGAAAUUUAUAAUAUAAUUAUGAUAUAUAUUUAUAUAUAUUAUAGAUAUAUAUUAUAAUAUAAUUAUGAUAUAUAUUUAUCAAAUUCAUAAUUAUGAAUCUGAGAAUCAAGUUGAUUUAAUUUUUACAAAUAAAAAUUUAAAUUAAGUUAAUUAUAUAAUUUGUAUUUUAGAAAUUUUAAAUAA